UCAGAGCGUGUAGAGCCGCAGAAGGUGGAACUGUCCAGUGCUGAUGCUCUUCAAACGCUCAAGGUGCACUCGGCUUUAGCUCCUAUCGCUAACGUCAACAAAAUUACACUCACUUUAAAUGAUUAUGUGAUAUGUUACGUGCUAUUUAAAACGGAAUCCAGGAGUUUAUUUUAUCUGAGAUUGUUUUCAGUUUCAAAGCUUCUUUCGCCCAACCAAUGGGAAUGGACCGUGCGGGCUGAACGGCUGGCAAGCGUCGAGACAUUUUGAUUGUUUGAUUGAUGCAUUCCUCUGCAGACUGCGGGGUGGUCGACCAGAUCUGCUGACCGGAGAGAAAGUUUUGUUGGAUAAAAUCAUACACGAUGGUGGAUGCGGCUGAAUGUUGCGUGAAGGUGAUGUGCCGAUUCAGGCCACUUAACGAAUCGGAAAUCAACAGAGGUGACAAAUACAUACCGAAAUUCAAAGGAGAAGACACCGUGGUCAUAUCGGGCAAGCCGUAUAUCUUUGACCGAGUCUUACCUCCAAACACAACACAAGAACAAGUAUAUGAUACCUGUGCCAAACAGAUUGUUAAAGAUGUGCUGGAUGGCUAUAAUGGGACAAUCUUUGCAUAUGGCCAAACCUCAUCAGGGAAGACGCACACUAUGGAGGGGCAGCUCCAUAACUCACAGCUUAAGGGCAUCAUCCCUCGUAUCGCCCAGGACAUCUUUGACCACAUCUACUCUAUGGACGAGAACCUGGAGUUCCAUAUCAAGGUCUCUUAUUUUGAAAUUUACCUGGACAAAAUUCGAGAUUUGCUUGAUGUUUCCAAAACCAACCUGGCUGUCCAUGAGGAUAAGAACAGGGUACCAUUUGUCAAGGGCUGUACAGAGCGUUUUGUGUCCAGUCCAGAGGAUGUCAUGGAUGUGAUCGAUGAGGGUAAAUCCAAUCGUCAUGUGGCUGUUACAAACAUGAAUGAGCACAGCUCCCGCAGUCACAGCAUUUUCCUCAUUAAUAUUAAACAGGAGAACGUAGAGACAGAGAAGAAAUUGAGCGGAAAACUCUACCUGGUGGAUCUGGCAGGAAGUGAAAAGGUCAGUAAAACUGGAGCAGAAGGAUCCGUGCUGGACGAGGCUAAAAAUAUCAAUAAGUCUCUCUCUGCUCUGGGGAACGUCAUCUCAGCCCUUGCUGAAGGAACCAAAACCCAUGUGCCAUACAGAGACAGUAAAAUGACCAGGAUCCUACAGGACUCCUUGGGUGGGAACUGCAGAACAACCAUCGUCAUCUGCUGCUCUCCGUCCGUAUUUAAUGAGGCUGAGACCAAAUCCACGCUCAUGUUCGGCCAGCGAGCCAAAACCAUCAAAAACACAGUUUCUGUUAACAUGGAGCUCACAGCUGAGGAAUGGAAGAAGAAAUAUGAGAAGGAGAAAGAAAAGACCAGAAAUCUGAAAAUCAUCAUCCAGCGGCUGGAAAAUGAGCUCAAACGAUGGCGGAAAGGUGAGACUGUACCUGUUGAUGAGCAGCACAGCAGUAAGGAAUUAAAGAAUUCUGAAGCCGCUCCCGUAAUUGACACUUCGGCUCCGCCCCCUGAGCCUAUUUCUGAUUCAGAGAAAACCCAGUAUGAGGAGCUGAUCAAUGACCUGUAUCAGCAACUAGACGACAAGGAUGAUGAGAUCAACCAGCACAGUCAGCUGGCAGAGAACCUGAAGCAGCAGAUGGUGGAUCAGGAUGAGUUACUGGCAUCCACACGGCGUGAUUACGAGAAGAUCCAGGAAGAUCUGAGCCGUUUGCAGCAUGAGAACGAAGCAGCUAAAGAGGAGGUGAAGGAGGUGCUCCAGGCCUUAGAGGAGCUGGCGGUGAACUAUGACCAGAAAAGCCAUGAGGUGGAGGAGAAAAACAAGACAAACCAACAGCUCACAGAGGAGCUUAUGCAGAAGAGUGCAGCUCUGGCUGGUGUGGAAAGGGAUCUGUCUGCCCUGCAGGAAGUCAGUGGACAUCACAAGAGGAGAUCAGCAGAGAUCCUCAGUCUGUUGCUCCGGGACCUCAAUGAGAUUGGCGGCGUUAUUGCCUUGAAUGACCACAAGAUGGCAGAGAUGAAUGGAGGAAUGGAGGAGGAAUUCACCAUGGCACGGCUCUUCAUCAGCAAGAUGAAGUCAGAAGUGAAGUCUCUGGUCAACCGCAGUAAACAGCUUGAAAGCACACAGGCCGACACAAUAAGUAAAAUGCAGGUCAACGAGAAAGAGCUCGCUUCCUGCCAGCUCCUGAUCUCUCAGCAUCAAGCAAAGAUCAAAUCCCUCACAGACUACAUGCAGAACAUGGAACAGAAAAAGAGACAGCUGGAGGAAAGCCACGACUCAUUGAUGGAGGAGCUUGCUAAACUCCAUGCGCAAGAAAAAAUGCAUGAGGUAUCAGUCCUGGAUAAGGAAAAGGAACACAUGAGCAGGAUGCAGGAUGCUGAGGAGAUGAAAAAAGCCCUGGAACAGCAGAUGGAAAGCCACAGAGAGGCUCAUCAGAAGCAGCUCUCGCGUCUGCGAGAUGAGAUCGAAGAGAAACAGAGGAUCUUGGAUGAGCUGAAGGAUGUGAACCAGGCUCUUCAGCUUGAACAGAAGCAGCUCAUGUCUGACUAUGAAAAGCUGAAACAGGAGGAUCAGAAGAAAGACGAGAGGCUGCAGAAGCUUCUGUUGUUGAAUGAGAAGAGGGAGCAAGCUAAAGAAGAUCUCAAGGGUCUGGAAGAGACUGUGGCCAAAGAGCUCCAGACUCUUCACAGCCUGCGUAUGCUGUUCAUCCAGGACAUCAAUACUCGCAUCGGACGAAGUGUAGAGUUGGACACUGAUGAAUCCGGGGGAAGUCUGGCGCAAAAACAGAAAAUAAUUUUCCUGGAGAACAACCUGGAGCAGCUCACUAAAGUCCACAAGCAGCUGGUAAGUGAUAAUGCAGACUUAAGAUGUGAGCUCCCCAAACUGGAGAAGCGCCUGCGUGCAACUGCUGAACGUGUGAAGAUCCUGGAGUCUGCUCUGAGAGAGGCCAAAGAAAGCGCCAUGAGAGACCGUAAGAAGUACCAGCAGGAGGUGGACCGCAUCAAAGAGGUCAUCCGAGCCAAGAACCAGGCCAGGAUGAAACAAACCGCACAGAUUGCUAAGCCUAUUCGUGCUGGACAUCAUCACUCAGUGGCGUCUGCCUCACCGGGCCACGGUGUCAGAGGGGGCGUCUCAAGCCCACGACGACACCACCAACACCAACCGCAGCACCAACAGCAUCACCAACAGCAGCAGUACCAUCACCGGAGCAAGUGAAAAACACAUCAUGUUUCUUACCAACAGAGCGUGUCUAACUCGUUACACUUCCAACAGGAGACAAAAAAUGACCGGUCUGAUACCAGUCUGCACAUUCUUUCCAUUCCAGCUAUGUGUGGCAACAAGAAGACAUCUUUUUCCAAUGCAGUCUUUUCUAUUCAACGAUGGGAACUACUAAAAAAGAACUACUGUCAUCUUAUACUAAGACUUUCAAGUUCACUUCCUGUCCUUACCAUGACCUCCAUGCAUUCAUCCUGUUUAAGUCAACUCCCUCCAGUUAUUCAUCAGCCCUGAAUGGAGAUUUGUGGAUUCGUGUAUGAAUAAACAAACCCCAGACCUGCAAACUAAGAUGAAAGGAUAAUGUCUUUUAAAAUGAUAGAAGUGCUAUUUCAUUGCAAGCUUUUCUUCUUGGCUUCUUUUUGCCCUGACUCGUUUUGUAUUUUAAAAAGUCUUCAGUGUUCCUAUCACAUUCUGAUUACAGUAAUUCAGCUUGUCUUUCAUUUCACAUGCCAGGUUAGUUUCCAUAGGAAGUCUGGAAAGAUGAAAACCCUUGGGAGUAACAUUAAGACCUUUCUGUGGUUCUUUUAAUUGGCACUAAUUCCUUGGGUCUUAAUGGCCAUUGAGAACAUGCAGUGACAUGACUUGGGAAUGUAGCUUAGCAACAUACACAUUGCUUCAAGCUUAAUUCACCAUGAUUUAUAAUAGCUGAUAAUGUCAUUACUGGGUGUUAAUAUUUAUGUAUUUAUGUAUUUAUUUAUUUAUUUUAUUUUUAAUGCAGUGUUAUAUAUUGGAAUUGAGUUUAUUUACACCUUGUCUUUUGUAUAUUAUUUUUGAGUUCCUCACAGUAGAUCCAGAUCAUCAUGUGUAUAUGUUUUUAUAUAGAUAUGGGUGCUUUGUAAAUUUUCUUUACUGCAAUUUAUACUGCAAGGUGCUCUGGAGCAAACAACAACUGUAAAAUAUCAGUAUCAGUAAUACCACGUUUGUGGUGAAAUCAGGAAUCAUUACUCAUCAUAUGUUCCUGUUACUUAACCUGACCUGUUUUGAAGGCCAUGAAAUGCAAUCGUUUAAAGAAAGCCAAAGUUAGAGACAUUACAGCUUCACAUAUGAAAAGAUCAGAUAAGUUCAAGAAAGCAAAUGUGGAGAGAUUUUACAGCUGAUUGUUUAUUUGCCAUUUAUGUGCUGAAUUUUACCUCAUAAUUUGAUUUAGCUUAUUUUUGUAUAAUUAUUUAUUAUUCUUGAUAUCAUUAUGAUAUAAGCGACGAAGGAUUCUUUUAAAAAACUCCAAGGAAGAGAUAUAGACUAAUAGUAUUUCAUCAGGUAAACUAUGCUAUCAUGCCAUAGCUAUUUACAAUCUUGUGCUAAUACAAAAAUCUUGCCUACUAACUGUCUGGUGUUAAUUGUCUCUGGUAAGUGUGUGCAUCUACAUGCUCAGAAUUGCUUUUUUUAUCAGCUGUAACAGUGACAUCAGUACAUAAAAAUGUCAAUAUGGUAAAAAAAAAAAAAAAAAAUCAUAAUCAGUUUGCUGUAAAGACUGACCAACUCCAUGAUAAGUGAUGUGAGCACUUUCUUGUUGGAUGUUGUGAACUGAUGAAGAAAAUACUAAUACAUUCACAAAAAUUCAUCUUUGUUUCAACUGAGAACUUGUCCUAUGUAAAGAACUUCCUUCAUCAUUAAUAUAAUUAGUUUUUCCUAUUUAAAAGAUCAUCUAAUGUAAAGUAUACAAACCCCAUUACCUAACAAGGUCUAGUGUUUUUGUAUCUAUGUCCUUGUACUGUUUUUCCAUGUACAGCUCCAUGUAUUGUGGUGAGUUACUGUACUGCACAGAGACCUCUUUAAAUCGAAUUUGUCUUCAGGUUCUUGUUCAGUAGUGUUUCUGAAACGUGUAAUGACUUUACCUCAGCAGUGUAUGGAGCAUUUGACAAUAUUAAAGAACAUGGAAUGAACUUCAAAUGGUUCAGUUGUUUUGUAGGUGAACAAAGUGCCACAAGGAGGAUAUGGAAAGGUUUCCUAUGUUUGUUUCAGAUCUUGCGUAAAGCACACGUGUUAUGGAUAACAGGGUUUUAGCAACAGAGUGUCACUGAUUUAUCAGAUGUUGAUGUGGAAUA